CGGCGUCGUUAUCGAAACAGAUAGAGGCGCCUCCAAAACCCCAUUACGUUGCUGUUGUCGCAACGCCCCACCGGUUUGAGCACCGCUUCUGCUUAUACAUGCCCUAAUUGCUUUGUCGUCUGCGCAGACAGCAGCGAUACGGACCCCAGACGGCCCUUUGCGAGCAGCACCGAGGCCGAGUCAAGACACCGCGAGAACGGACUCCCGCACGCGGUGCUAGUGAUGGCGUCGACGUAUGCCCUGCCCGUUGCGCCCACCUCACAUGCUCACGGCCAUGGGCGCUCGCAAUCGCAGUCGCACUACUUCACUGCACCCUCGCCGAUCCGCAGCGGACGCACCAAGGCUCUGUCGCCUGUAAACGAAGGGGACAAGGCCACGCCUGCACACCAGCACCAACGACCAAACAUGAGCGGACAGCUGUAUGGCGCCGUGCGCUCGCCAUACGUCGAGUACAACGCCAAUGCGCACAAUCACAACCACAACCAUGGCCAUAGCCACAGCCACAGCCACGGGCAUAGCCAUUCCCACUCACACGCCCACACCAACUCGAAUGGUUCCACGCACAGCCUGACCUCGUUUGCGAACGGCCGGACCAACGGCAAUCCGCCUCAGACGCCGAGGAAGAACGCGGCAGCAGCCAAGUACGGCAUGUUUCCGCCAGUGCAGGAGUCUGCGCCUGUGCCUCCACCUUCAUCAUUGUUGAGCCUCCCCGAAGCACUCACAGCGCUGCUCCUCCCGCUACCGUGGCUGUUCGCCUCUAUAGCCUAUCCAAGUGCAGCAAGGAAGCUGCCUUCGACCCUCUCGGAAGCUCUAGUCGACAAUGAGCCAGCGAUCGCCGCCAAAACCGCCGCUAGCAGCACACACAUCUUGGAUGUCCUCUUUCUCACGUCGACCACGUUGUUAGUGGUCGGAUUGAUAGCGAGAGUUCGAUCAAGUCUAGACCAGCCACUCGAUCGGCGAAAGGCAGAGAGCUCGAGGGGCAUAGUUGCUGCGUUGCGGGAUGUUGCUAGUCUCAGGCAGACUCUCAGCAAUGUCGCCGGCAUCUUGCUGCCUUUCUAUGCCACCAUGCAGAUAGGCGGCGCAAAGACAGCACUGGUGCUGGUGACUGCUAUCGCGGCAGGACUUGGUGCCACAGACCACAGACCGGGCAAACAUACCCGCGGAGAUGACCUGAAGAGAACCCUGCGCACUCGAAGAACAACCUUGGCCGUCUUGGUUCUAGGGACCAUCAUUGAUCUUGCCAUCUGGGGCCACCCAGUAUGUGCCCUACUUGGCUAUGGUGCUCUCUUCACAUCCAUCUUCGCGGCACCUCCACCUCUACCUACAGCUGGCUGGUCUCUGAUCACCGGAAAUCAGAGCCAGAAUUCAUACAUAAGCAAAGAGGCCACACGGACUUCUUUGCCGAAGCCAACUUCGCCUCUCGUCAAGACACCAGAAGACACAUUGUUGACCUGCGUCUCCGGUGUCAUUCUAAUGGUUGUUACCCUCCUGUCCCUGUUUUUAACGUCCUCCGCGUCAUUGUUCUCGCAACACGCCAUCAUCUUCACAGCUUUAUCGGUCGCAUCAGCAACGGCGCUUGUGUUUUUCUCAAUUCCUGCAGCCCUACGGAGUCAUCAGUACAUAGGACUGCACCUCAGCGGCCUCAUGGUCACUACAUUCACCGGAUGGCAGUCUUGGCCCGAAUGGUACCACGUCAUCUUUACCGGAUUGUCUUACAUACUCUACGCUUGCGGUGUUGCUUGGGACACUCGUGCGUCUCACGCGCACUCGCAUACUCAUGAUCAUUCACAUGCAGACCAUUCGCACGAUCACAAACAUGAACAUCACCUACAUGCAAAUCCGUCGAGAAUCUCCGAAUUUCUCAUCGCGCGGACGACACCAGGCUCCAUUCUCCACAGCAUCAUGAUCGAGAGGGACUCACGACGAAUUGCGUACUUUGGCGUUCUCAACCUCAGCUUUAUGGUGGUUCAGUUUUUCUAUGGCUUCGUCAGUGGUUCUUUGGGCUUGCUCACCGAUAGCAUCCACAUGCUUUUUGAUUGUGCUGGCCUCGCUGUGGGACUGGCAGCAGCAGUCAUGAGCAAAUGGCGUCCCAAUGCCCGAUUCCCUUACGGCUAUGGCAAGGUUGACACCUUGUCUGGUUUUGCCAAUGGUGUCUUUCUUCUACUUGUCAGUGUAGAGAUCAUCUUCGACGCCUUCGAACGCCUAUGGGAAGGACACGAGCUUCAGCGGCUGAAUGAACUUCUGAUUGUCAGCAUUCUUGGCUUCCUCGUCAAUAUCGUAGGUCUCACAGCCUUUGGACAUGCACACCAUGGACACGGACAUUCACAUGAUCAUGGAGAUCACGAUCAUGGACAUGGCCACUCCCAUGACAACGAGAACAUGCAGGGCAUCUUCUUGCAUAUUCUCGCCGAUGCUCUUGGCUCUGUUGCCGUCAUCAUCUCCACCUUACUCACCAAGUACUACGGCUGGUCUGGCUGGGAUCCCAUCGCAUCAUGCAUCAUCGCCAUCCUCAUUUUCUUGUCUGCAAUCCCGCUUGUCAAGAGUGCAGGCAUGCGCCUGAUGCUAUCGCUUCCGACCGACGCAGAGUAUGGUGUGCGCAACACACUACAGGAACUCAGUUCGCUACGAGGUGUUGUCGGCUACACGGUGCCCAAGUUUUGGCUUGAAGACGAGGGUGCCGCCCACGCCGAGGUACACGCGAAAGAGCAUGAACAUGAGGGUUGUGGUAGCGGCCAUGAUCACGAUCACGAUCACGGGCACGGAAAUGACCAUAAGCACACGCACUCAGGACAUGACCAUGCACAUACCCAGUCCCACGCACACACUCACGACCACCACGAUCAUCAUGACCAUAACCACGGCCAUGAUCAUGACCAUGACCACGACCACAGUCACGCUUCCGGAAAGCAACGAAUUCUUGGUGUCAUCCAUGUGAUCGCCUCUCAGGCCGCAGAUCUUGAGGAUGUGCGCGAACGCACCAUUCAGUUCUUGAAGGGCAGGAACAUGGACGUCGUUGUGCACGUGGAGAGGGAGGGUGACGGGCGCUGCUGGUGCGGCGGCGGAAACAAAGUGAGCUGAGCUCACGCACAUAUCACCAUAUACAUACUCUUUGAAGUUCUUGUACAGUUAGCUGGAGUUACUGGGCCUGUGGCGGAAAUGUACAUAAUGUAGCAACACACGAUAUGUUCGAUGAGAUCC